CGGCGGGCUGGAGCGCGGGAGUGCCGGAGCUCGCCAGCCGAGGCAGCACGGCUCCGCGGACUUUUUUUCAAACUCCCAUCAAUGAGUCUUCGAGGAGGAGCGGGAGGCGGCGGUGGCGGCGGCGGCGGCGGACUCGGAGGAAGGCGAGGAGGAGCGGGAGGAGCGGGAGGAAGGAGCGCGGGCCGCGCGGCGCGCCGGAGCCUCGGGGAGCUGCCCGCUCGCCGGCGGUAGGGGCUGCCCGGCCCCCACCCACCUCUCGGUCCCCUCCCCUGCCUGGCCCGCCCCGCCCCGGCUGGACUGAGCCCCGGCACACGGCAGCCAGCGGCGGGUCGCCGCUCCAGCCAAGUUGGGAUGGGGGCCCGCAGCCACCGCCCGGCGCCCCGGAGGCCACCUGCGUGCUAGAGGCAAACUUUUGUCUCCCUCGGGCUGCCACCCAGGACUAUGCGCGGCUAGGAUGGAGACGUCCGCCUCAGCCACGGCCACGGGCAAGAAAGAAGCCAAAAGUGGGAUCCUGGAGGGUGUCGCUUUCUCCGAGCCGAGCAGGAAGGCCUCAGCCCUCGCGGUGGCCACGGCGGCAGCGGCGGCCGCAGCAGCUGCCCAAGGAGUGCCCACGCAUCUCCUGCCACCGUUCCACGCCCCCUUCCCGAUUGACAUGCGGCACCAGGAGGGAAGGUACCAUUACGAGCCUCACUCUGUCCACAGCGUGCACGGGCCUCCCGCCCUGAGUGGCAGCCCGGUCAUCUCCGAUAUCUCAUUGAUCCGGCUUUCUCCACACCCUGCCGGCCCUGGGGAGUCCCCCUUCAACACCCCCCACCCGUACGUGAGCCCCCACAUGGAGCAUUACCUCCGCGCCAUGCACGGCAGCCCCACGCACCCAGCCAUCUCUGCAGCCAGGGGCCUCAGCCCUGCAGACGUGGCCCAUGAGCACCUUAAGGAGCGGGGGCUCUUUGGCCUCCCCGCUUCAGGCACCAACCCCUCAGACUAUUACCACCAGAUGACCCUCAUGGCGGGUGCCCCCGCGCCAUAUGGGGACCUGCUGAUGCAGAGUGGGGGUGCAGCCAGUGCUCCCCAUCUCCACGACUACCUCAAUCCAGUGGACGUGUCACGUUUCUCCAGCCCCCGGGUGACACCCCGCCUGAGCCGCAAGCGGGCACUGUCCAUCUCCCCGCUCUCAGACGCCAGCCUCGACCUGCAGCGCAUGAUCCGGACCUCGCCCAACUCGCUGGUGGCCUACAUCAACAACUCGCGCAGCAGCUCGGCUGCCAGCGGCUCCUACGGGCACCUGUCGGCCGGCACUCUCAGCCCGGCCUUCACCUUCCCCCACCCCAUCAACCCCGUGGCCUACCAGCAGAUCCUGAGCCAGCAGAGGGGCCUGGGCUCGGCCUUCGAACACACACCACCCCUGAUCCAGCCCUCGCCCACCUUCCUGGCCCAGCAGCCCGUGGCCUUCGCCUCCAUCAGUGCCAUGUCCACCCAGCUCAGUAGCGGCAGCAACUGUCUGAGCGAUGCCAACCAGAACAAGCAAAGCAGCGAGUCGGCCGUGAGCAGCACCGUCAACCCCCUCGUCAUUCACAAGCGCAGCAAGGUCAAGACCGAGGCCGAGGGCCUGCGGCCAGCCUCCCCACGGACCCUGACACAGGAGCAGCUGGCUGACCUCAAGGAGGACCUGGACCGGGACGACUGUAAGCAGGAGGCUGAGGUGGUCAUCUAUGAGACCAACUGCCACUGGGAGGACUGCACCAAGGAGUACGACACCCAGGAGCAGCUGGUGCAUGUGUGUGGUUUACACUUGCAGCCCACCCUGGUUGGGACCAGCCACCUUUCAGGGGUGCAACAGCCACAGCACAUCAACAACGAGCACAUCCACGGGGAGAAGAAGGAGUUCGUGUGCCGCUGGCAGGCCUGCACACGGGAGCAGAAGCCCUUCAAGGCGCAGUACAUGCUGGUGGUGCACAUGCGCAGACACACGGGCGAGAAGCCCCACAAGUGCACGUUCGAGGGCUGCUCGAAGGCCUACUCCCGCCUGGAGAACCUGAAGACACACCUGCGGUCCCACACAGGGGAGAAGCCGUACGUGUGUGAGCACGAGGGCUGCAACAAGGCCUUCUCCAAUGCCUCGGACCGUGCCAAGCAUCAGAACCGCACCCACUCCAACGAGAAACCCUACAUCUGCAAGAUCCCGGGCUGCACCAAGCGAUACACGGACCCCAGCUCCCUCCGGAAACACGUGAAAACGGUCCACGGCCCAGACGCUCACGUCACCAAGAAGCAGCGCAACGACGUGAACCUCCGCGCCCCACUGCUCAGGGAGAACGGGGACAGCGAGGCUAGUGCCGAGCCCGGCCGGGGUUCCGAGGAGAGCACCGAGGCCAGCAGCACCAGCCAGGCCAUGGAGGACUGCCUGCAUGUCAAAGCCAUCAAGACGGAGCGCCCCGGGCUGUGUCAGUCCAGCCCCGGGGCCCAGUCUUCCUGCAGCAGCGAGCCCUCUCCCCUGGGCAGUGCCCCAAACAAUGACAGUGGCGUGGAGAUGCCAGGGACAGGGCCCGGGAGCCUGGCAGACCUGACAGCCCUGGAGGACACGCCACCAGGGGCCGACGCCUCCGCCCUGGCCACCCCCUCUGCCGGUGGCCUGCAGCUGCGCAAACACAUGACAGCCCUGCAUCGGUUCGAGCAGCUCAAGAAAGAGAAGCUCAAGUCGCUCAAGGAUUCCUGCUCAUGGGCCGGGCCGGCUCCACACACCCGGAACUCCAAGCUGCCUCCCCUCCCAGGAAGUGGCUCCGUGCUGGAAAACUUCGGCAGCGGUGGGGGCGGUGGGCCGGCGGGGCUGUUGCCUAACCCGCGGCUGUCCGAGCUGUCCGCCGGCGAGGUGACCGUGCUGAGCCAUCUGCAGGAGCGCCGCGACAGCUCCACCAGCACGGUCAGCUCGGCCUACACCGUGAGCCGCCGCUCCUCCGGCAUCUCCCCCUACUUCUCCAGCCGCCGCUCCAGCGAGGCCUCGCCCCUGGGCGCCGGCCGCGCACACCCCACCAGCUCUGCGGACUCCUAUGACCCCAUCUCCACCGACGCAUCGCGGCGCUCGAGUGAGGCCAGCCAGUACGGCGGCGGCGGCUGCCCGGGGCUGCUCCAGCUCACGCCGGCCCAGCAGUACAGCCUGCGGGCCAAGUACGCAGCAGCCACGGGCGGGCCGCCCCCGACCCCGCUGCCCGGCCUGGAGUGCGCCAGCCUGCGGACCCGGCUGGCGCUGCUGGAUGCGCCAGAGCGCGCGCUGCCCGCCGCUUGCUCGCGCCUGAUCGGGCCUCGGCGGGGCAGCGACGGGCCGCACUACGGACCCACAGGGCCAGCGCCCGCCUUCCCCCACGAGGCGCCGGGAGGCGGGGCGCGGAGGGCCAGCGAUCCUGGGAGGCGGCCCGACGCCCUGGCGCCCCCGCGGGUGCAGCGCUUCCACAGCGCCCACGACGUGACCCCGGCCGCUCUGCCGCCACCCGGCGCCCAGGGCCGGGGCCUCCGCUUGCAGAGCCACGCGAGCGCCGACGGCGGCCUGGUCCGCGGCACCUACUCGCCCCGGCCGCCCAGCAUCAGUGAGAACGCGGUGAUGGAGGCCUUGGCGGCGGGGGCGGACGGCGCGGGCCCCGAGGUCGGCCUCGGGCUGCCAGAGGACGACCUCGUGCUGCCCGACGACGUGGUGCAGUACAUCAAGGCGCGUGCCGGCGGCGCCCUGGAGGAGAGCACCCCGCAGGUGUACCCCUCGGAAAGCACCUGCUUCUCUGAGAACCCCAAACUGCCCAGCCCCAGACUACACGGCCAGCGCACCGUAGGGGCUGCAGACUCCAACGUGGGAUGCUCGGCCCCUGUGCUGGGAGGCUGCCCGCUGGGCUAUGGGGCCCCCUCUACCCUGAACAAAAACAGCAUGCCUGUGCAGUGGAAUGAGGUGAGCUCCGGCACCAUGGACGCCCUGGCCAGCCAGGUGAAGCCUCUGCCCUUCCCACAGGGCAACCUGGCUGUGGUGCAGCAGAAGCCAGCCUUCAGCCAGUACCCAGGCUACAGUCCGCAGGGCCUGCAGCCCAGUCCUGGGGGCCUGGACAGCUCGCAGCCACAGCUGCAGCCCUGCAGCGGAGCCCCCUCCGCGCCCAGGGGGAGUUACAUGCAGCAGCUGCGGCAGCCAGGGGCAGGUGGCCAGUGUCCCGGCAUGACUGCUGCUGUGAGCCCUCACCCCAGCUACGGCCAGGCCCAUCCCCAGCCGAGCCCCAUGGGUGGGGCCCUGAACCAGUUCCCCCCAUCCUGCAGCAACAUGGCGGCCAAGACAGGCCACCUGGGGCUCCACCAGCAAAUGGAAGUUGCUCCUGACCCCCCCGUGAUGGGCGGUAGCCACAGGGAACUUGGCAUCCCCAGUUACAGCCUGGCCGGAAUGCCGCCGCCUCACCCGGCCCAGAGCUACCCGCAGCAGAGCCAUCACCUGGCCAGCGCCAUGAGCCAGGAGGGCUACCGCCAAGGCCCCAGCCUCACGCCUUCCCACCAGCCGGGCUUCACGGAGCCCCAGCAGGGCACGAUGGGGGCGGCCGGAUCAAGCUUUGGCCUCGUGCAACCCCGGCCACCUGCGGAGCCCAGCCCUGCUGGCCGCCCCCGGGGGGUGCGUGCGGGGCAGCAGCUGGCCUAUGCCCGGGCCGCCGGCCAUGCCAUGGCAGCUCCGUCGGCCCACCAGGAGAUGGCAGAGUCUGUGCGCAAGGGGACAGUGAGCAACGUGUUGUCCCUGCCUCCCCAGCCACCCCCCCAGGACAUAGGCGGGGCCCAGGACCACAGCUUGCUCUACUACUAUGGCCAGAUUCACAUGUACGAGCAGAAUGGAGGCCUGGAGGACCAAGCCGGCUGCCAGGCCACGCGGCCACAGCCACCGCAGCCCCAGGCCAUGGCCUCGCCAGGGGUCAACCAGGUGUCCAGCACGGUGGACUCCCAGCUACUCGAGACCCCCCAGAUUGAUUUCGACGCUAUCUUGGAUGACGGCGACCACUCUAGCUUGCUCUCGGGCACCCUGAGCCCCAGCCUCCUCCACGGCCUCUCCCAGAGCUCCUCUCGCCUCACCACCCCACGCAACUCCCUGACUCUGCCGUCCAUCCCUGCGGGCAUCAGCAACAUGGCCGUGGGAGACAUGAGCUCCAUGCUUACCAGCCUGGCCGAGGAGAGCAAGUUCCUCAACAUGAUGACCUAAGGCCCCGGCCCCUGGCGCUGAGCAAACCCGGAGGGACCAUCGCUUCCCAGAGAGUGGGGCUUUCAUCCAUUUCAUGUUUUUCCCCAAAAGUGUUAAAUAGGUCUGAGGGAGUUUGGCCGGUGGCUAGUUCAGACCUCAGAUGCUUUAAGGGCAGGUUUAUGUGCAUCCUGUCUGGUCUUCCUUUAGAUUAUCUUUCAGAACUCUGCAAAAAGUCUCAGUGGGGAAUGCAAAACUCGUUUACACAGUGCUUCGCUGCCUUUGGUGUUUAUAGGACCACUCUGUUCUGGCUUUGUCACCUCUGUCAUUUGGCUGAUGAGGGAUUACGUUGGCCCAGGGCUUUCCAAGCACACUUGGAAAGAGGCAAGAGGAACCACAUUUGGGUUUGAAUCUGAAAGCCAUACUAGAUAUUCUAAUCCAGGAAGAGAAGUUUCUUGUUUCAGUGCCUGCAAGGUAGAGGAAUUCGUGGCCCACCAGAUUUCUUCUAUGAAGCAUAAUUCUUGAGGCCUCUAACAUCCCUUGACAUGGAGGGAAAGAAAUUUUUAUGUGGAUAAUUUGGAAGCACAUCGUGAUUCUGGGUUUGGUAGAGCUGGCAUCUCUACCCCACAUAGCCAAGCUUGCAGCUGGCCGACUGUCCAAGAGUAUAUGGGUGAGUAAAGGAUGGAAACGUUGCCCCCAAAAGGAAAGAAAACUGUAAUACUCAGGGCAAGCCCAGAAGCUGCCCUGGCCUCUCCAGACCAUGUUUACAGUAUUCAUGCGUGUAGAAUGUAGCCCUUCCUGAAAAGAACACAUUUCUAAAUACCUCGGGGCUGCUGGAGCUGCUGUGGGUUAGGGAUGGCCAAGGGGAGCUGAGGCGCGGCCUGGGGUCUGGGUAAAGUGAGCGCAGCAAGGGCCCAGCCUCAGGCCGCACUGGAGGUCUCCCAGAGGACCAGCAAGUUGCAUGCUUACCCAAGCCUGUUUCUCCAAAGCACCGUCCACCCCCUGGACCGUGGGAAACCCUAAGGCUUGACAGCAGCCUCUGCCCAACUUCUUCCAGGCCGUGCUGUCCGCUCUCCCAGCUACAACAUGCAGUCCUGGUAUCUUCUGAACUCCCUUCUCUCCGCCUUCCUGUUCAUUUCACAGAGAACGAUGACGUGCAUGGUGUUUUCGGUGGGGGUGGGAGGGUGGAGGGGUUGAGUCUUGGGACUCUGAGGGACCAUCACUGAAUUUUCCUAUUCGGUGUUCCCAAGCCCCACCCGGAAAUGGACUCUGGAACUGGCAUCAGAAGACAUUGUUCACAAACUUACGAACGUACAGUAGGGUGAAUGGAUGCAUCUUCCCCGCCGGCGAAUACAAACACCCCACACCUUUCAGAGGCUGAAUGUGUGGCAACCUUGCCAAAUGCACCUGCACCACUAUGAACCUGAUAUGGACCAUGACCCUGGCUUCAACCAGGACAGGGCUGAAACCUCACCUGGGCCUCUGCAUCCCAGAACAGCAAAUGCUUUGUCAGGGUCCAGAGACAAGGCCACCUUCAAAUGACAGCCCUGGGACACCUGCAAGGGUCUGGGCUCUGUGUGGUGCACAUUCUUUCCCUGCCCUGGGGUUUCGCUAGCCGUUCCCAGCCUGUAUAUAGUCUGUACAGAAGACAGCAUCCCUGAAAAUACUGUAGGUGAAUCAUCCGGUCAGAUUUAUAUCUCCGAAACAUUUUUAGCUUUUUCUACAUGCAAUGAAUUGAGAUGACAUACUCAACGUGUAAAUAAGUCUUUUUGUACAUUAAAAAAAAAGUAAU